UUUACUGUUGACGUCAGUAUGUUAACAUCAAGCUUGGUGACUCACUAGCGAUUCCUGUUUCAGCUUUACUACUGACGUCAGUAAGAUGUGGAUCAGUCACCCUCGACAUCCGUGUUGGCGAUGGUGGUGGAUGACUGUUGUGGGAGUGAUGGCCCUUCAAGUGAUAACUCCAAUAUAUUCUCAAGGAUGCAUCACUUCAGAAAAAAUAUAUGGUGUUUGCAUGGUGAUCUGUAACGGUACCGUCACACGCUACUGGUGGCCUGGGCAAGAUAUCAGUGAGAUCACUCUGCAGCUGCCCGGAAGAAACAAGACGAUAAUAGUUAAUUCAUCUCACCAUCAACAGUGGCACAAAGUUACAGUCACAGAUGAUGGUGUAAUGAAGGACAAGGCGACCACCAGGUCCGGCAAGACCUACUCCUUAACAAUACCAACACUCAGUGUAGCAGAAGUAAUUGAUUGUACAGAUAAAACCAAACCUGACUUGAGAGUUACUAGUAACCAGAAGAUGUUCUGGGCAACUAACUGUACAAACAUUCCUUCUGAAUGGUGGAUAUAUCUUGUGCCAGUAUUGGCUCUCGCUCCGUAUUUUGGACUAUUAAUCUUCAUUAUCAUCAAAUGUAUGCGCCUGCAAAAGUCCAGAGUGAGUGACUCUCCACAGCUGGGUAACAAAUUUCUUGCUAGAACAGGCCAUAAAUCCCUGCUAGGAUUGUUUGGCAGAGGUAAACAAAUUCCAGGUAACGCCAAUGCUAAAAAUAAACGAUGGGCAUUGCUACUUUCACAGUUUAAGUAUGAUUUGGAAUUUAAGUCAGACAAGGAUAAUGUAGUGGCUGAUGCAUUAAAUAGCUUGUCUGUUACAGAAGAGUUGAAUUUCAGUAUUCCAGUGUAA